CGACCUAACGGACGCUGUUUAGUUGGAAACUAUUUGAAAUCGAGAAGCAUGUCUUUGCUGCCGUUACUUUUUGACGAUUCCGUUGUGGUUCCGCGCACGUCGUGGUCGAACUUUUUCAAAAAUGAUGAUUUCUUCGACGAUCCGAUCGACGUGUUUCGACACCUGAGAAGUCGACUGGCCCAAUUAGAACAAGAGAGCCUCGUCACGCGUAGAGACGACAGCAAGUUUCGGGCCGACAUCGACGUGCAACAAUUCAGACCGGAAGAACUCUCCGUUAAACUGGAAGGAGACGAUGCGGUCGUCGUGGAAGGGAAACACGAGGAUAAAAAAGACGAGCACGGGUCGAUUUCUAGACAUUUCGUGAGGCGAUACGUACUUGCGAACGAUUUGGACGUCAAGCAGUUAAAAGCGAAAUUGUCGGGGGACGGGGUUUUGAGUCUUACCGCUCCCAUAAAAGGCCAGGGUAAACAGGUGGAAUACAAACAGAUUCCCAUCGUAAGCACCGGAAAGCCGGUGAAAAGGUUAGAACACAGGCGUCGAGCUUUGGACGGCGAAGGGGAUCAGAAAAAAUAAUUACGCCACACAAAUUGUAAUAUUCCUAAUGUUUCUAAGAGUUCGAUUGAAUUUCGUUUUAGAAAAAUAAAAUUUUGUAUAGAUUUCGAUACUGUGAUGUAUCUAUGAACCAUAAACGUACUGUGGAUGCCGUGUAGUGGCCACUACCGAAACGAAUGACAUUCCAAUAUCAAAUUCUAUGAUCCGUGGUUGUCGCAUCAAAACAAAACUAAUAAAAAAUAAGAGGUUUAAUGUGUGUGGUAGGACGUAUCUCGGUAUUUCAAAACAAAUCGCUAUUCGGUUUUACACCGCUCCAAGUACGUCAAUUUAAAACCGCGUGUAAAAUUCGUGAAUUUUUACGUAAGCCACUCGCAAUGUAGGAACAUUUUUCAAUAGUGAUUGUUACAUGUAAAAGUGUGGAUGUAAUAUGAAAUUUCCGAAAAUGUCAUGUUGUAGAGGAUUCUAAGGCUGCCAGCUUAAAAGGGGUCAAACAUAGAGAGCUUGUAUUAAUAGAGGUAAAGGUUAAAUUAAAAAUUAACAACACGAUUUGGAGCGUGUGACGUCAUCGAUCAAUGCGACACACAAAUACAUGAAAAGGUGACGGAUGGUAAUGAGAGCCUAGCCAACUGAGAUUGAUGGUUGUAAACGGGACAUCGUCGAUACGACAGAACUUACUCAGCAACAUGAAGAUAUCCAAUAAGUCGUUCCUAUUUAAAGCAAAAUUUUUCAUCUCGCACUCACCGCACUAUUGAGUGAUUAUUAACCGACUGAAUACUGAACGCUUAUCGCUUCAAAAUAAAGAUAAGCCAAAUAUUUGUUAACAACGCGGUGCGGCGUAGAAUCAGGUGUAACUUGUAAUUCGAAUCCUCCUUCCAAAAUCUAGUUUCGCUUUACUUCGAGAAAGAAUUCAUCAUACCUAUACCCAUACCCAACUCAAUAAGACUUUUCUGUCUCUGCAUAGUGAAAAUAAUAGUAAUAAUAAUGAUAAUAAUAAUAAUAAUGAAUGAAUUCUGGCCAUGCAAUAAUCAGAUAGAUUACUCUUUAUGUAAAUUAUGCUAUUUAAUAUGAAGAGAGAGGGAAACGUUAAAAUAUUUAAUUUUGGGAACAGAGUGACCACGAGACUUCCCCAACAUUGUUCGAACAAUACGUUUUUGUUGGACAAAAACUUCACUAGCUCUGGAAGAGUUUCCCCAGCAUAUAAUAGUUUGUUUAAUACGUAGUCAAUUUGGUCUGUCCAGGACAAAUUACUGUCUAUGAACAAACCCAAAUACUUGACAACGUUAGUCUGAUUAAUCGAUUAAUCCUGCAAACACAACAUCAUCUCAGUCUUUGUCCCGUUCAAAUAAAUACCGUUACGCUCACAAUAUCGGGUCAUACCACUUACUGCCCUAGUGGCCAAGGACGUGAGAUUUUCCAGACUCAUAUAAGACUGCAUAUAAGGAAACAUGAUUGUCUGGGAAAGAAUCAGAUAUAUCAUUAAUAAAUAUUAUAAAUAAUAAAGGUCCCAGUAUGCUUUCCUGUGGGACACCGCUGGUGAGUUCUUUAGAUGAGGAUCUAAUCACAGAAGUAUCACUUCUAAGCACAACUCUUUGGCCACGACCUUUCAAAAAGGACUCAAUCCGGGCGUAACUAUUUCCCCGUAAUUAUUUAACAUAUUCAACAACAAAUUGAUAUCAAGCACAUCAAAAGCUCGCUUGAAGUCAAAAAACAUACACAAUGUUUUAUUAUUCUGAUCCAGCUUCUAG